GAUCUGCUGUUGUUUUUGCUGCUGAUUAAAAACUUACUUUUUUCUCAGUUUCCGAUCUUUUUAAUCGAGGUAUCCUUCAUCCCCUAACUGAUAAUGGCCUCGUCACUUGACGUCAUUCCUCGGGACAAGUUAAAAAUCUGGGAAAUCUUUCGUGACGUUGGACCUGAAGGAGAGAAGAUUUUAAAGACGGCGAAAUUGGCCCACGUUUUCAGCAGGGAGGCAGCCUACGUCGUCACCAUGGCGGACGAAACUUAUUCCUUUCUUCGUAAUUCAGAUGACGUCAGUAGGGUGUGCAAAAUUGCUAAAAUUCCCCAACUCUGCGGUGUCCGUGUUAAAGAAUUUGCCGUUGGAUGGAUUGAGCUAGCCAUAACGGAGGACGGAUCCCUGUAUUCAUGGAUUCUUAAUGAUCACGACGUGUUCGAGUUGGAACCUGAUUCUACGCACUUCGCACUAUUAGGCCGCCUGGAACGAGACAAUGUUGACGAGAAUACAGCCGAAUCUGACGUCGUCCUGACCCCGCACCGUGUCCUGGGAUCUUUAACCGAGAAGAAAGUAGACCAAGUAGCGUUAUCGAGUAUGCGUGUCAUGGCGUUAACCGUGUCUGGGGACGUAUACCAGUGGGGUCAGGUCUUCUCUUCUUGGACACCAAGGCUGGUUCCAAAGCAACAUUUUCAUUCCCAGCAAGUCAUCUCGGUUGCCUGCACGAACGACAUAUCCGUCGCUCUUACAUUUAAUGGAGAGCUAUUUCAAUGGGAACGGGACAACACGGUGCCGCAAAAAGUGGUCGUGGAUGACGCCCCGUUUAAAAAGAUAACUCGCAGCAAGAACCUCGUUUUUGCACUGACCGUUAAUGGAGCGCUGUACUCGGCAAGAUUGGAAGAUUCAGAGUCCACGGAAAGAAAACCUAUUGUAUGGACGGACGUCUUUGGGGAUGACAAAUUUCAAGAUAUUGCAGGCUCCGGGGACGAUGACGUGGUGGUUUUCGAGCUGAAGAACAACACCCGCUUUGCAUUUCGUUACAGCGAAGAAAAUUUGUAUCCUCCUCUGACCUCAUUUUCGCAAAGUUGUACCUCAAUCGAGGAGCUUUUUGCGGAAAAGAUUCAAGCAACUUAUCGCACCGUUAGUGCACAAACUCACCUUAAACCACGCACCGUGGGGAUCGACAUCGGCAACUUGGGGAGCAAGGAAAAUUCCGACGUAACGUUUUCCCUGGAAGGGAAAACCAUCUCAGGGCACAAAUGCAUUCUUGCCUGUCGAAAUGAAUAUUUCGCGAAAAUGUUUAACCACGAGUGGAAAGAGGCUCAAGGAAGCUUGUUGGAGGUCAAGGAUACCAAGUACGGAACUUUUGAGGCCCUUCUCUUCUACAUUUACAACGACAAGAUUAAAUUCGAGGAGGACGACUAUGAGAAUAUUUUUGACCUCAUGAUGUUAGCGGACUCCUAUUGUGACUUCAAAAUCCGUCAGGAUUGUGAGAAAAUUCUGAUUCGAAAUAUCACCACGGAAAAUGCUGUCUUCCUUGUUCGCAACGCUUCCUUGGCGAAUGCUUUGGAUUUGGAGAGAACCGUCGUCAAGUUUAUUUUGGACAAGCGUCUCCUUGACUUAAAUUCGUCGCCUGAAGAGCUAAUCGAAUUAGUGGGAAUGCACGCAUUCAAGAAAAUAUCGAUGGGCGCGCUUCAUCGAGUCUAAAAUAUUUCGAGUUUGCAGAUUGAAAGUCAAUACGGAUUACUAGAAUCCGAAGGUUAAAAUUUGUGUACUACAAAAUAAUUCACGCAGUUGCUGGUAACAUUGCAAAAUCUAUAAAUGCUGUGAACUUUUACAAUUAUUUCUAUAGAAAACUACCUUGAAAUUUUUGUAAACGUAUUGAGAUGCAGGACAUGUUUUUUUAAUUCGUAAAAUUGUGUCAAAAACCGCACGGAUUUUACCAGUUAUCAACGACUGCAUGAAUUGUCACCAAAUUUUGUGACUUAAUUUCUUAGAUAAUUUUGGAAUUUCUGAUAAAACUUAAAUUUUGCACUUUUAAGUUCUGAUGACUGAUUAUACAUACAUACGUAAAUCAUUUAAGGUACAUGCAAGUUACGUUAUGUAAAUACCUUGGUAAUAUGUAUAUGCAUAAAUAAAUAAAUACAUAAAAAUAAA